CUUGAAUAAAACUCAUGCAAGCAACGGUCGUUCAGUUCAGUUUAGUUAUUUCAUUCCAACCAUUCGUAAUGGAUCUUUCCGGUAAAGUUAUUAUAGUCACAGGCGCCAGUAGCGGAAUAGGUGCUGCCACUGCAACCUACCUGACACAACUGGGUGCGACGGUUGUUCUGACCGGUAGAAACAUAGAAAACCUGAACAAAAUUGGUGCCGAAUGUAAGGCCAUUGGGAAGCAAAAGCCUCUGCUCAUUGUGGCCGACGUCACAAAUCUGGACGAUAACAGUCGGGUGAUUGAUGAAACGAUCAAGAAAUUCGGUAGAUUGGACGUUUUGGUGAACAAUGCUGGUAAGGGACAGAAUGGAACCAUCGAAACUACUAGUCUGGAACAAUUCGAUGACAUCAUGGAUACCAACCUCCGAAGCGUCUAUCAUCUGACCAAGCUGGCCGUUCCGCAUCUCAUUAAAACCAAAGGCAACAUCGUCAACGUAUCCAGCGUUGCUGGGACGAGGGCAUUUGCGAACUCCCUGUCUUACUGCAUUUCCAAAGCAGCCCUGGAUCAGUUUACACGAUGUGUCGCGCUGGAACUGGCCCCGAAACAAGUUCGAGUGAAUUCAGUUAAUCCAGCGGUUAUUGUAACAAACUUUCAAACUCCCUUGGGCAUGAGCCCCGAUGCUUAUGCGGCCUAUAUAAAGCACAGCGAACAGUUCCAUCCUCUGGGACGGGUCGGUAAGGCGUCGGAAGUUGCUGCGGCAAUCGCCUUCCUAGCGGCAGACACGGCCAGUUUCACCACGGGAACUUGCCUUUGCAUCGACGGCGGAAAACACAUUCUGUGCCCUCGGUAGUAAUUCUCUUAAUUCAAUCGAUUCUAAAAUAAAGGUUGUCCAAACUUUCAAAAGGAA